AUGGCUUUCGAGCUGUUCCAGAAGAUUCGCGAUAGGUGUCGCUCUGACAGCCUGGAAAGGAUUCUUUCUCUUGACCACCAGCGAAAUAGUACCGUAUCACAACAUCUGAAAGGCGAUAAUCCACAAACACAAAUUACGGACGACAACCCGCAGCAACAGGGAGAUAUGAUGACAGUAGACGGUAAGGCGAGGUUGAAGAGACGCUUUUUUAUCGAACUAUUGGAUAUCUUGCUCCAACACGUAUCUUUGUCGGAAAGUCGCGUCAACAAGGUUCUGGAUUUCCACCACCCGCACCAGCUUCACGAGAUGAUGAGUCAUUGCAUCGAGCUAGACGGGAAUGGGCGAGAUUUGGAACAAAUUUUGAGUGAUUGCAAGGAAACACUGAAAUACUGCAUCAGGACAGGUCAUCCGAGAUUUCUGAACCAGCUCUCUACUGGUAUGGAUAUGAUUGGCAUAGCGGGCGAGUGGCUCACUGCAGUGGCCAACACAAAUAUGUUCACCUACGAAGUUGCGCCUGUAUUUACACUGAUGGAAGAAGUCCUCCUGCACAAAAUGCUGGGUUUCGUUGGAUGGAAAGAUGGCGACGGAAUCUUUGCACCAGGAGGGGCGAUAUCUAACCUUUACGGUAUGUUGGUGGCUCGACAUUCCAAGUUUCCUGAUAUUAAAACAAAAGGUCUUGUCGGCAAACCACAGAUGAUCGUAUUUACGUCUACUCAUAGUCACUUCUCGAUGAAGAAAUCUGCCAGUUUACUUGGCCUAGGAACGGAGGCGGUCGUGUAUGUUGACUGUGACAGCAAUGGACGUAUGCUACCCGAGGACCUGGAGAAGAGAAUAGACAUUUCUCUGACUAGAGGUGAAGUGCCCAUCAUGGUUAACGCUACGUGUGGUACCACUGUGUUUGGUGCGUACGAUCCUAUUGAUGACAUCGCCGCCAUAUGUGAGAAACGCAGUAUCUGGCUUCAUGUUGAUGGUGCCUGGGGAGGGUCUGUAUUGCUGUCCGAGAGACAUCGACAUUUGUUAGCAGGCAUCUCGAGAGCUAACUCAAUGACAUGGAACCCUCACAAGAUGAUGGGAGUACCCCUUCAGUGUUCAGCCAUUCUUCUGCGUCAGAAGGGUAUCCUGCAAGGAGUAAACGCACUGGGUGCAUCUUACCUCUACCAGAGUGACAAACAUUAUGACGUCACCUAUGAUACCGGUGAUAAAACAAUACAGUGUGGACGUCAUAACGAUGUGUUUAAGUUAUGGCUUAUGUGGAGAGCUAAGGGAGACAAUGGUUUUGAGAGUCAGAUCAACAAAAACUUCAGGCUUUCCAGGUACCUCAUGAACAAAAUCCGCGAGAGACCAAACUUCAAGCUCGUCAAUAACGAGGUACAAGGGCCAAAUGUGUGUUUCUGGUAUAUACCUGAGAGUAUAGCCGAAGAUCCCGACAGAUACCAGGACGAGUUAGGGAAGGUGGCUCCCCGACUGAAGGCUGCAAUGAUGGAGAAGGGCUCGAUGAUGCUAGCCUACCAACCAUUACUUGACCUGCCAAACUUUUUCCGUGUGGCUAUCUCGAAUCCAGCACUGCAAGAAUCUGACCUGGACUUCGUUAUAGAUGAACUUGAACUUUUGGCGAAAGGCAUAUGACCGCUGCGUCCUGUUCCAUGUCCGUGAAUCAAACUUACUGAGGAACACAAUAAUAGUGAGAGAACAUGUGACGAAUGUGAAUAUCUACACCUAGUUUGCAGUAUCAUUUUAAGCAUUUAUUAAAUAAUUUGUCGAAAAGACAUAAGACUUACAAUUGAUGACACGUCUGAACAAAGAGCAUGUAUCUCAUCUAAACUAUACGAUAAUGUUGCACUGGGACUGAAUAGUUAUGUAAAUAUAUGAAGGCUGGGUAGUUAACAGAUACAAAUAUGUCUGGAGAUAUACAAUACUGUUACAUUCGUCCACGAAUGUCCGUGUAUCAUAUACUCUAUUACAAAUAUGUUUGUGAUAGAGAAAACGUAUCAUAUAGUUAUACAACAAGGUAAAUAUUUGAAACAAUAGCAUAAUGUAGUGAUCUCCCUUUUUAACGUAGCCACUAUUAGAUAUUUACAGGUAUAUGCAUUGUAAAAGCUCAUUUCACACCGUAAUAACAAUGGAAUAUAUGCACAAUAGCAUGCUUCCUUUUAGAUUAGUA